AUGGCGGUCUUUUGUCUACUGUGUGCAAUCAUCUCAUCACUUUGCCUUCUGAAAUUUGCGCCACUUAGUAGAUGCCCGAGCAUAAGACCGACUGCCACUGUUGAUUCAAAGAUUGCAACAGUAGCUGCUAUAGCUUUGGGCGUCUGUAGGUUUCUCAUGUACGAAAAAAGCACAUUCCAUGCCACGCUGGCUGCUAUAUCUGUGGAUGUUUGUAGGUUUCUCAUGUACGAUAUACACACAUUCACUGUCACGUUAACUAAUGCCGAAAUAAAUAAUAAAAUCAGUGGAGUCAAAGUGGACUGUGUGACUUCUGUUGCCAUUAUGAACGCCAUUACUAAGACACAUGAAAAUCGGCUAAGGUCUUCGGCCCUGUUCACCAAUAUGACUGGAAUGGAUGCUAAAGAAGAACUAACCAAGAAAGCUACAGCAGCUUUAGCCAUGAAUGAACGAGGUUUACUAUUCUGCUUCUUCUCCAUUAUUUGUAUAUGUCCUAUUUCUCCUUCCUACAACCCUUUCAGCACUUCCUUUCAGAUUUUUUAG